UUAUACUUUGCCGCAGACUCUUACUCGCUAGGAAACCCUCUUUCAAAUGGUUUGUAAGACUCUUGAGGCCCACGGGCUGAAUUCAGCCUGCAUACAAGUUUGUUUGGCUGUACAGUUACAGAAAUUCUUUUAAAGUAACACCUCCAACAUUGUAUGUAAACAAUCCAGAUGUCCAGCUUCCCUUUGCAAGUCGUAAGUUAUGCUGGCACCGGGGUAAUAGUGGCACAAGGCAGCAACUAGCUCUGACAGCUUCCUUUCAACGCGAUGUGUCGUCUUCGACUCAUUUACCCCUGCCAUUCAGAAGGCCUGCGAGUGUGAGUACCUGCAGGUUUGGAAGGAGCUGGAGUUGGCUACCCGGCGGCCAGGGACGGUCCGAGACGGUAACUUUCAAACUGAGACCUACAGUAAAUAACUCGGAGCGAUCACGACCUGCGUGCCUCGAUUUCUCAUCCGUAAAAUGGGACUGAGGAUGGGCAGCGGUGGUGGGAAGGACUGGCGACGGAGUAUGUAAAGGGGCCGGGGUACAGGACCUCCAUCACUUUAACGCCGCGGAGUGUCCCGACCCCGAAAGGGACUGGACCGGAGGAGGCGCUCCGGGAGCGGGGCUGGAGCUCAGGGAAGCGCCGCCGGACUUCGUUCUCCGCUCCUCUCCUCUCCUCCCCGGCGCGGGCCCCCGCGCUCCGCCGAGGUCGGCCCCGGGGCGCCGAGAGGCGUGGCCCGCCCGUGCAGACCCUGGCGGCGGCCAUGGCCUCGCUGGUGGAGUACAAGGGACUCAAGGCCGGCUACCACUGCGGCUACUGCGACUCGGAGGGCAAAGCGUCCCGCGGCAUGUGGGCGCACUCCAUGACCGUGCAGGACUACCAGGAUCUCAUAGACCGCGGAUGGCGGAGAAGUGGGAAAUACGUGUACAAGCCUGUGAUGAAUGAAACCUGUUGUCCUCAGUACACGAUAAGGUGCCGACCUUUACAGUUCCAGCCGUCGAAAUCUCACAAGAAGGUUUUGAAAAAAAUGUUGAAAUUUCUGGCUAAAGGGGAGAUUUCCAGAGGAAACUGUGAGGAUGAGCCCAUGGAGCCCCCGAUGGAGGAUGCCGUUGCCGGUGACCAUGCACUGAUCACUAAAUUGGAUAUACAGUGCGACCUUAAAAAGCUCGGCGAUAACCUCAAAGACAGCCUGGAGCGGGAAGAGAAGAAAGGAAAGAGUGCAAAGAAAGAAGAAUCCAGUGGAUUAAUUCAGUCGCAAGACAAAAGGGCGAAGCUGGGCUCGGGGGAGCCAGCCCACUCGGUGGCAGUGCCCGCGGCUCCGAAGCCAGGCAAGGGGGCAGAUUUGAGUAAGCCGCCGUGUCGGAAAGCGAAGGAGCUCCGCAAGGAAAGGAAGAGGCUGAAACUCGCGCAGCAGAACGCAGCCGGCGAGCACGCGGGCCUGCAGGCCCCGCGGGGACCGCCGCCCUCCUCCCCCCCGAAGGCCAAGUCCAACCAGCCCAAAGCGCUCGAAGAUUUGAUCUUUGAGUCUUUACCGGAGAAUGCGUCCCAUAAAUUAGAGGUGAGGCUAGUACCUGUCUCCUUUGAGGACCCAGAGUUCAAGUUGUCCUUCAGCCAGUCACUUUCUUUGUAUGUCAAGUAUCAAACGGCCGUCCACCAGGAUUCGCCUGAUGAAUGUGGGAAGACGGAGUUCACAAGGUUCCUUUGCAGCUCCCCCUUGGAGGCAGAGAACCCCCCGAAUGGACCAGACUGUGGUUAUGGCUCAUUUCACCAGCAGUAUUGGCUUGACGGCAGGAUCGUUGCCGUGGGGGUGAUUGACAUCCUUCCGUACUGCGUGUCCUCUGUGUAUCUGUACUACGACCCCGAUUAUUCGUUUCUCUCCUUGGGGGUCUACUCUGCACUACGGGAAAUUGCUUUCACCAAGCAGCUGCAUGAAAAAACACCUCAACUCAGCUAUUAUUAUAUGGGUUUCUACAUUCACUCAUGUCCCAAGAUGAGAUAUAAGGGUCAUUACAGACCGUCUGAUCUGCUGUGUCCUGAGACAUACGUGUGGGUGCCCAUCGAGCAGUGCCUGCCCGCACUUGAGAGCUCCAAGUACUGCCGCUUCAACCAGGACCCCAGGGCAGUGGACGAAGGUCGCAGCACGGAGCCCGACCGCGUGCAGGUGUUCUACCGGAAAGCCAUCCUGCCUUACGGCGUCUACAGGAAGCAGCGCAGAGACGCCGGCGAGGAGGCCGACGUGCUGCAGUACGCGAGCCUGGUGGGGCAGGCGUGCUCCGAGCGGAUGCUGCUGUUCCGGAGCUGAGCCCGCCACCCCUGCCCGGCCGCACCCGCCCGCUGCCUGGUGGCCCCGCCCCCGCCCCGUGCGUCCGUCCCUGGGGGAAGCCCUGUGUCCACCCACAGAUCGGACUUUCUUAUUUUGACUAUUACAUGGCUUUUCUAAGCUGUUUGUGGCCAUGUAUUUGUGAGAAUCUCAUGGUUAAUAUAUUUAAAAAUAUAUAUGACCUAGCCUCGGAAUUGGGGUGCAUCGCUUCAGAAGUUUGUUUUAUGAACAAAGAAUGGUAAACUGCUCUUACUGUUAAUACCUGGAAAGUCAAAUCAGUAUGUAAAUCUCAAAUAACUCAGAUUACAGUUGUGCUUUUUUUUGUUCUGUUAGAAACCAAAACAGACUGUUUCCUCAGAUCCAUUUAAAACAUCGGUUUAUGCUUUAAAAAAAAAAAAAAAAAACAACCCUUAAGUGUGGGGAAGAAAGUGGCCAAGCCUGUUUCAUCGCUUGGACCGCCGUCACCCCGCGCGCAGAAGUGGGCCGCUGCGGAGUGUCAGGUGGUUGACACCCCCGAGAGCUCGGAAAAGCAGGGUCUGCCCCUGGAACAAGGCGGUGUCUGGCGCCGGCCGCCGCUCCCCCGGGACGGCCCUGCUCACGCCUGCCGUGCCGGCCUGGCUUUCUCCCGGGAGGACGACCGCUGGUGUUCCCGUGCUCUCACAGCACCCGAUUGGGACAGUACAGUACAUGUUUGCCCAAGUUGUUAUACGUUACAGAAUUUGCCCUAUUUUAAAAAAUUCAAGAAAGGGAGGUUUAUAAAGAAAAAUGCUGGCCCCUGGGCCUCUUUUCUUGAACUCAGGACACUUGUCUUUGGUGAUUAAGAAUUGGUUAAUGAUCCGACUGCGUGCAGUUAGACCUGUGCUACAAGUCACAGUUAGGGGGGAGUCCUCCUGGCCUCUGCUCCGGGGGUGGGGUGGAGCUCGACGCCUGUGGGUGUGGAGGAGGUGCGACGCUGGUUGUCUGAAGCGGAAGCUGCCCGCCUUCUCCUCGUACCUCCUUCUGUUCAGCUCUGCGCCCCUCGAGCAGAUGCCCCUUGUCCGCCACUGUCCGGGCGGCAGGCACCGUGCCAGGAGGAAGUCCUGGUGGGCUGCUUGGAGGCAGUGCGGAGAGAGCGUUCCUUCCCUGGGCGCUUUCUCAGCGGGUCCCCACCCACCGUGCCCUGGCUGGCUGCUCAGCCGGUUCACCCAUUUCGCCCACUUGUCUGUUGUCUGGGUGGAUCUCUUUGGAGCCGAUCAUAAAGCCUAAUGGUUUGAAUCUCCCUGCUGAUUUAAAACUGUCCUUCUAAAUGCACUGAAUGAAACAUAAAAUAAUUGCAGGCAGCUGGAAGGAAAGGAAGGCUCAUAAAACCAUGAUUUUAAAAGUCAAGUGUCUGGAAGUCCAGCAUCCAAAUACACCAUUCGUUCAGACCUGCCACGUGCACCUACUUGGCCGACUGGGGAUGGAGCCAUGAGCAAAGCCGUUUUCUCUGAUAGUGUGGAUUUUACUACUUCUGGAAUUUUCUUUUUCAAAGUAGUCUCCCAGGAGCAUUCAGUUGACUCUUAUUUGGAGUUGCCUUUAGAAUCUGUGGAAAAGUUUUUCUUUUUCCCUCUAAAAUGAACAUAGCUUACAUUUUUUAUUACAAAAAUGGUACUUUAGGCAAUUACAAUAUUAAGAAAAUAUAAGUAAGAAAGUAAAAAUAAUCGGAAAUCCUGCCGUACAGAGAGAGAAUUGUAUACACACACACACACUAUAUACACACACACACACUAUAUAUAUAUACACACACACACACAUAUAUAUAUAUAUAAUUUUAAUAUAGAGAGAAUCACUAUAGAGAGAAAACACUGCUGUGUUGUUUUUCAACAGUAAGUUACAGACACCUGAACUUGGGAAGCAGUGUGAGCUAGCAUUUCAGGAGUGUUGUGAGCGACCUGAACGAACAGCAUCACAGUGAGACAGGGUCCGGCCGUGGGGUCCGCGGCGUGGGGGUGGGCCGGGCUGGCGUGGCAGCUGCUUGCAUCUGAGCGGGCAGUGUGUGGAGUGGCGUUCAGAGAUCACAGCUCUCGAAUGGCCAGUGAAGAGACAGCUAGCGUCUUAAGCAGUGCUCGUUCCUUCCUGCAGAAUGCCCCCUGGGGUUCCUUCAGGGGAGAAGGACUGGUCACCCUUGUCUGGGGACCGUGGUGCUGUCCCUGCAGGUGGCAUUUGGUCGGUUCCUGUGAUGCUCCAGGGAGGGUGGGACACGGUGAUUCUUCUGCUUGGGUGGUUGCUAUAUUCACGUGUUGGGUUUUUGUUUAUUUUAUUUUAUUUCUUGAGAACAGAUAUUGUAUUGAUCCUAAUAAGCAACACUUCUUGAAAGGACUCGAGUUCUUCUCAGUUCUAGCUGAGUGUUGAUAGUGGGCCAAAGGGGGACAAUUGGGGGGAGCGAGCUGGUUUGGGCAGCUGACAGGCAUCUGGCCGUGGGUUAACAGCUGUCACCUGAAGACGGACUCGAGACCCUUUCGAGGACAGCUGACAGCUUUGCAGAGCCGGAAGCUUGCGUUCAUAAUCUUAGCGCUGUAGGCCCUUCCUGAUUUCAGAUAAACCCAGGCCUACGCUCCUGUCUCGGGGCAGAAAUGUAAUAGGGAUUCCUCAUGCUACCAUCUUUAUUGAAAUUAUUUCAGUUCCGUUGAGAGAUUUUUAUUCUCUUAUUUUUAAAAAGUGUGCUCUGAGCACUUUCUAUUUUCUAAAAAGUAGAAGCUAUUAUCAGAUAAAUACAUUACUCAUUUGGUUAAAAUUACGUUUGCUUGCAAACAGCUUAUCUUACUUUCUGUCCAUUUUGCAAAAUAUCAGUUGUGUGUGGUUGCUUCACAUAUUGGCAUCUUUUGUGUAAACGAACCUUUUCAGAAUUCUGAGCAAUGUACAGUUUGAUUUUAUGGGCUUUAUAUGCAGUGUGAAUAAAGGUGAAAAAGGACAUGA